AAGGUGCCAUAAAGAGAUAUAAUCACCAUUAAAUUCAAACCAAGAUAGCAUAAGGGACUUUGCAGGCUGAAGCGAACAAGCUCCUCCACACUCCGCACCUUUGAGAUCCAAGCCAGCUCCAAGCUGGAAGGGAGCAGCAUCAUCAACUCAAGUCAGUAAAUCCUGCUGAAAGGCAGCAUAUGCCUCUGCAGCAACAGCCCUGACUUCGUACAGCUACCUGCAGCCUUCUUACUACACCUUUCAGAAUAUGGUGUUAAUCACCUUGUUGGACUCUAAGGUGUGAUAAAGAAGCCCUCACUCAGUAUAUUGCUUCAACUUCUUCUGCAACACGUACAUGUAAACAGUUGUUACUGGCACAGCAAUACAGUUCAUCAGAAGAUGGCUUUCCGGAUACCGCGAUCCGCACUGGGGAUAAUACCCGAUGUGGCCAUUUACACGCUGUGAUUUCUUUCUCUCCACGUAUACUCCCCUGCGCCCCAUUUCAAUGCGAGCGGGGAGGCUGGCUGAGUGAAGGGGCUGCUUCUCGGCUCUUUUGUGGGAUCUGCUCUGUCUGGUGUUGGAGGGUGGAAGCUUUGUGCCUGGGAGUCGUCCUUCCCAUUCUUCUUCAGGAGUCGAGGGAGCUUUCUGACAAUGAUGAAAACCGAAGGCAAAGGGGAAAGGACUUUAAGAAGUGCUUCUCCGCACCGAAAUGCCUAUAAAUCCGAUUUCCAUGCUAUCAAAUGCUCUUUUGAUGGCGUAAACAAUCCUGAAAACACUUCCGGCAAAACAAGCUUGCAUCAGAAGCUGAGCACCUCUUCCAAUGGAGGGGGAAACGACCCACACAGUCGAGGCAGAGCUGCCACUUACGGCAAUAGAGUACACAAGAUCAAAAAUAUGUUUCUGCAAAUGGGAGGCUCCUCUUCCACACCCUCUUGUGAAAGCAGUCCACCUGCUGAGGCCAAAUUAAUCAGCCGGGCCACGGUAGCAGAGCAUGGACCUUCUCCAGGUAGCCCAUCUUUCCUCAUUGUCCAAAAAAAUAAUCUUCUUAAUGCAAGUACUAGCCCCUGUGGCAGUCCUGUGGAUUCAUUGUGUGUGCCUUCUGCUGCUGACAAAGUCAUCCGUAGCAACGAUGAGGCAGACUUGGACAAAGUUGCCCUGGCAGAAAAAUUUUCGGAGACCAGGAAGCUUUUUGAGAGAAAUAUAAAACAACGGAGCUCAGUGGACAGAUACUCCCCCAGCAAAUGUGAGAGAAGUGAAGAUAAGAGGAGACGCAGUUCAGCUUCUGAUUGCAGCAACGUGGCGGACCACUUCAGUUUUAAUACAGAAGCAAGUCUUCCAGUUGCGCUGGAGAAAGUUGAAAAUCAAGGUAAUGAGGAAUUGAAGCAGCAACAUCCCAACAGUGGUUCCAAAUCCUCCUUCCUGAAUGCAGGGCCCAUUUCUAGGAGGCUGGAAAACUUUCUGGGUGACAGUGAUACUGAAGAAUCCAAAGAAAUUUCCAAAAGCGAUAGUCCCCCGAAUCAGGACCCUUUGAGAGGCCACCACAGUUUGGAUUCUGCUGCUGAAGGAUGGCCGGAAAAGGCUGUGUCCAGCAAAGUGCCUGUGAUCCUCAGAGAUGAGCUGAGCGAGGCGCUUGGAAAAGACAAAAGAGAGCAACUGGUGCUUGAGAGAAGCCUGGGGGAUAUGGGCUGUACACCUGGUCAGGAGGAUCAGCAGAGAUCAGAUAGUGUUCUCACCGUGGUUUCCCCCAUGGAGGGGACUUGCACAGAGCUGGCUGCACCAGAUGAAACCUCAGGGCAUGAAAAAGAGAGUUUGGAGAAAGAUCGUGUUGUUCAAGAGGAUCAGCUGCUCAGAUGUCAAGUACAGGAAGGGAAAAGGAGUGACUACUCCUUGGAAGAAGAGUUUACAGAAGCCAGGGAGACCAAUCAGGAGGAAGAAAGAGAUGGGAUGUCUGUGAAAGAUGGUCCAGUUACACGAAUUCAGGAUGUUCUAGAACAGGAAGGGGAUACUGAAGAAGAGGAGCAAGUGGUGGAAAAGCAGAGUGAGAACUUCAGUGCUUUUGGAAUAGAGAAUGCAGCUUUUGAUGAUGACAGGGAUACGGAGUCAGAAAACCAAGGGCCUGAAGGCAAAGAAAUUUUGGAGGGGGAGGAGGAGGAGGAGUAUAUGUAUGACAGUGAAUAUGAGGAGUUUCCUGGACUUUCUGAAGAGGAAGAUCCUGAGCCAGACCGAAAAGUCAAGUUCUCAACAGCUCCUAUCAAGGUUUUCAGUACUUACUCAAAUGAAGACUAUGAUAGACGUAAUGAAGAAGUCGACCCUGUAGCAGCCUCAGCUGAGUAUGAACUUGAGAAAAGGGUGGAAAAAAUGGAAGUGUUUCCUGUGGAAAUUGAAAAAGGUGACAGUGGUCUGGGCAUCAGUAUUAUUGGAAUGGGAGUUGGUGCUGAUCAGGGACUGGAAAAAUUAGGUAUUUUUGUAAAAACAAUAACAGAUGGAGGAGCUGCUCAGAGAGAUGGACGAAUUCAAGUAAAUGAUCAGAUUGUUGAGGUUGAUGGAAUCAGUCUAGUGGGAGUUACUCAGUUCUUUGCAGCCACUGUAUUAAAAAACACUAAAGGCACAGUGAGGUUUCUGAUUGGGAGAGAGAAGCCAGGGACUCAGAGUGAAGUAGCCCGCCUCAUUAGUGAGACCUUAGAGCAAGAGAGAUGUCUGUAUGAGCAGCACUAUGUUCCUGAUGAUACAGAGCAGGAUGAUGACUAUGAUGAUGAUGACGAUACCUAUGAAUCACAUUUACAUGGAAAAUCUGUAGAAGUUUUUGAUCUUCCUGAAAACGAAGAUAUUGGUUUACCACUGGAUAUGGAUUCAGCGCAGUCUCUUCUUAAAUUUAAAGAGCUACAAUUAAAACAUGCAGUGACAAUAGCUGAAGUGAAUCAACUGAAGGAGAAAUUAAAAAUUGUUGAAGCAGAAAAAAAUGAAUGGAAACUAAGUCGAGCCCAACUUCAGCAAAACUUAGACGAAAGCAAAGAGAAAAUUAAAAAGUUAGAGACCUACUGGUUAGAGGCACAGAGUUUAUGCAAAACCGUAAAUGAACAUCUUAAAGAAACUCAAGAACAAUGUGAUGCCCUUGAAAAGAAAUACAACAAGGCCAAGAAAUUGCUUAAAGAUUACCAACAAAAAGAAAUAGAAUUUAUGAAAAAAGAGGAGGAUCAUUCAAGGCUACUUGAAGAGAGAGACCAGAAAUAUGCAGAACAGCUGAAAAUAUAUCAGGAAAAAAUUUCAGAGCUUGAAAGUAAAUUAAAAGUAUAUGAGAGAAUGCCACAUAUGUUUGGAGGUGGCAGUUUAUUGGAAGACGACUAUCAAAGUCUAGCCCAAUACAAUGAACAGUCAAAGAUAAUGAAGGAAAAUGAAAAAGAAACAGAAUCAAUAGAAGAAAGACUAAAUUCCUCAGAUAUGUUAAUUUCUGAUUUUGAUGCUUUUGUUGGAGAUACUCCCAGAUUAGACACCAGUGCCCACAAAGCAAGAGCUCAGCUUGCUUUGAAAGUAAAACGCCAGCCACCUUCUCGAUCAAAGCUGAAGGAAUCUCUUGGGGCUGGACAACAGAUUGCAAAUCUACAGGAUGAGGAUUCAGAAGAUACUGUUCUCAAUAGAGAACUUUCCACUGUGUAUCUAACCAAGACCUUAGAAACAAGUGAAAAAUUAACUCUCCCACGCCUGGAUGACAUAGAUCAAAAGACUGAAAAGCCUGAACAAACAGAAAGCACAGAAAGUCCUCUAGAGUCAAGUCCUUCUGCUUCCACGCACUCUUCUCCAGUACACAAACCAAACAACGAAAAUAGCACCACCACUACUCAUUCACCUCCUCCUGAAGAGAUGGCUCCAAAUUCUCCUCAAGGGUAUCCCAAGAAUGUUAAGCAAAGAGAAGCAAAAGGGAAAGGGAAAGAGGCCAAGGCAGAAGAGAAGAAAAAUGAAGAUAAGACAGUAGAAACAAAUGAAGGAACAUCAUCAGGCAAGUCCAAGAGGAGAUUUCCAGAUUUUGGUGGAUUACGGAAAUCUGGAGGCAAGGGCAAGAAACAAGAGAAAGAAAAUCUGAGAGGUUCUCUGGACAGCAGAGGUUCCCGAGAACUGCUGGACGACUCUGGCAACAAUCUGUCUGCAUCAGAUUCAGAUUCCCCUGUUCCUACUUGCAUGCCUUUCUCUUGGUUUGGAGACAGCCACAAAGAGCCUCAGAUUUCUAGUAGCAGCCUGCACGUUACUCAGAGCAGGCAGGACAGUUGUGAACACGGUCAAGAGAAGAACAGAAGCAAGAGUAGAAUUGUCAUAGAUGAUACAUACCAUAGCAAGCCAAGUUGUGAACUUUCAGGGUUAGUGACAGAACCAAAUCUGUCAGGUCGUUCACACACUUUAACCUUCUCUUCAAAUGAGGGAUUAGAUGAUGAAUUUACAACAACAGGAAAACAAAAUCAAUGGCACAGUAGACCUAUUUCUGAAUGGACCACUCAGCAAGUAUGCCACUGGUUAAUGGGAAUGAACAUGGAGCAGUAUAUUACAGAGUUCACAGCUAUGAACAUAGAUGGACAACAGUUAAUGCAGCUCGACAGUGAGAAGUUAAAGGCUUUGGGAGUCUCCAGUCAAAAUGACCGAUCAACAAUAAAGAAAAAAAUUAAGGAUAUUAGAAAAACACAAGAAAAACUGGAAAAGCAGAAGGAAAAGGUUCAAAAGAAGGAGAGAGAAGUUCGCAAGACUGGCAGAGUGGUAACCACUCUUGAAUCAAGCUGCUAAAAUGACCAUUUUAUUUUAGCGCAGACUUGCUUCAUCUUGAGGAAAUUCAGCAGAUUUGUAUAUAAUUGUACAAUUGAGGGAGGAGGGAAAGUGCAACAGUUUAACAUGGUAGGUGUUUUUUUUACUUUUUAAUUAUGGUCCCUCCCUAUUACAACCCAAUAAAAUGAAAUUAUGUUUUCAGUGUUUUUAUUCCUAGUUGACUCUGCCUGUACUAAUAGACAAUAAUUUAACUUUCUGCCUUAAGUAAUAUUUGUGCUUCUAAGACCUCACAUGCCCUUGUCAUUGAAGUUGAUGUUUGUGAAAAGUAGAAUACUGUAUUAAAAAUCAUUCCAAUAGUAGUCAACUAGCAUUUGAUAGAGUUGAAUCUGAUAGAGGGACAAUAGAAAAAUCCUGCCAACAAGUUCAGUCUGUGACAGUCUGUUUAUCUGUUGCCACUAAAGAUGUAUAGUAAAAAUUAAGUUUAAGAAAACGGUAAUGUCAAAUUAAUUUAAAAAGAAAGCAUGUAUUUCAAAUUUAUGGAUUAUUUUGUUUAAAUUCUUGUAUUUCUGGGAUUUUCAUUCAAAGUUCACUGUAGUAGCACAUUGUUUUUGAAUUCUGUGUUGGAAUUUACUGAGAAAAUAACAAGAAAUAUUAAGUAAUUUUCACAAACUACUUACACUAAGCAUAAUAUUUUCUGUACACUACCCAUAUGGUGUUGGGACAAGGUUUAAACCUAUAAAUAAGAUCUUUUUUAACCUAUUUUUCCUAAAUAAUACAUAGUUUUAUAGAUCUAUGCUAUGAAUAAAAUCAAUUUGCAAUACAUGUAUUUCUCUUUUCUACCUGCUACAAGAUUUUUGCGGACCAAAUUUAUAUAUUUGCUAAUUUUAAACUAUACUGUUUUUCAAACUUAAAAUACUGAGGGAAGAAUUGUAGGAAAAAUUAUCACUGAAGCACUGGGUUUCUGCAUUGUAUUUAAAUGGUCAACUGUAGACUACGGAUUAUUUCUCUUUAAAGGAGGAUUUGAUUCUCAGAAUAGUUUAGAACAUGAAAUGGUGUUUUGUAUAUUUACAUACUAUAUUUUCUAGAGAUGCUACAACAGCACUUCCUUUGAUUAGAUUAUUCCAGAAACAUAGACUAGUUUAAAUAUCAGUCCACCAUAGAAUGGACUAGAACAAAACUUAUGUAAUUCGUUUAUGUGGACCAAGUUCUCCUUUAAAUCUAUGGACUGUUUUUCAUUUUAAUUAAAUGAAUGAACUUCACUGUUGGUGUUUCACAGUUGUUAUUUUUUUGUAUAAAUGUCUUACGAAUUUCAGCAAAAGCACUGCGUGGAAAUGCUUCUGCACACUAUGCAUUUCCA